AAAUUAAUGACAAAAUUUUAGAUGAGGUAGAAGCAGAGAAUAGUGAAUUUUUAGUUAUUACAGAAACUCAAUUACAAAAAUAUCAACAACUUUUUAAAAAAACUGAAAUUAUUGAAGGUGAUAAUUUAGAUGAUAUUGAAAUAGAACUCUUGGACGAAGAAAUCAAACAAAAUAACAAAGAAUGUUUCAAAAAAAAUAUAAUUAAAACAUCAUGUUAUCAAAAUAAUUGUCUAAAAGAUAAAAUUGAUAUUGAAAGAGCUUUUUUGAGAAAUUCAAAUUUUGAAAGUUUAUCAAAAAGUAAUCAAGAUUCUUUUUUAAUGGGCUAUCUUGUCAGUAGUUCAGGAUCACAACAUGUAACA